UCACCUCAGACUCAUCUCCUGUUAGCCAAGAAUGCUAAAGGAAGUUAGCUUGUUAGCAGGAAGUAGCCGGAGCCGGAGCUCGGCCUCACAGUGUGUAUUUUAUCAGAGUGAGCUGCGUGUCUGUAACGGAGUGUGUCUGGAGGAAAAGCUGCUGUAAACAUGUCUAAAGUCCAAACGCUGAGAGCUUUUGUCCAGCAGCGACUAAGUGCGGCUGCUGAAGAGAUAUUUGAGCUGUUUGAAAGAACGAUAGCAGAGUACGAGGAGGAACUUUGUGGACAACGCAAACUACUGGACGCUGUUUUCAAGCCUGAAGUCCGGUUACACAGAGCAGAUACUCAGCUGCUGUUGAGUAAAGAAGAGGUUCCCCCUGAGCAGCAGGAAUGGACUUUGUAUCUGGACCAGGAGGACCCACCAGUGCCCCCACACAUUAAAGAGGAGUGGAGCCCCAGUCUGGACCAGGAGGACCCACCAGAGCCCCCACACAUGAAAGAGGAAAAGGAGGAAGUCUGGAUCAGUCAGGAGGGAGAGCAGCUUCAAGGGCUGGAAGAGGCUGAUAUCACCAAGUUCACAUUCACUCCUGUCCCUGUGAAGAGUGAAGAAGAUGAAGGGAAACCUCAGAAAACAGAAGCUGAUGGAGAGGACUGUGGAGGACCAGAAUCGGCCAGAAACACAGAUCUAGUCACACAUUUACAUUCAGAUACUGAUGAGAAGACAUCAGUCUUCUCUGAAACUGAGACUGAUGAGAGUUGUGAUUGGAAGGAGAGAAAGGAACUUCAGUCAGGUUCAAACCCGCAAAAUAACAGUGAAUGUAAAACUGGUGAGAAAUCAUUGCGCUGCUCUGAGUGUGGUAAACGAUUCCGCUAUAAGUCAAAGCUGAAAAGACACAUGAUACUUCACACAGGAGAUAAACCAUUUAGUUGCUCAGUUUGCAGUAAAACAUUUAGUCGAAGGGAUAGUCUGACACAACACAUGGCGCUCCACACGGGAGAGAAACGAUACAUCUGCAGUGUUUGUGGCAGAAGAUUCACUCGGUCUUAUCAGCUCAAAAAUCAUCGAUGCGGUGUUUUUCAGUCCUCAGAGCUUCAUCAAACUGAAGAGAACAGGGAUGCCGAGCAUUUGAAAACAGAAGCCGAUGGAGAGGACUGUGUAGGACCAGAACCAGCCAGGAAUUCAGAUCUGGAUACACAUUUACAACCAGAUACUGAUGACGAGACUGAGACGGGUGACAGUUGUGAUUGGGAGAAGACCAGGGAACCUCAGUCAGGUUCAAACCCUCUGCAAAACUAUGAAGUACCUGUAAGUGAUGUGGAAUGUAAUACUGGAAAAACAUCAAGUAGCUCCUUUGAAUGUUCUACAGGCUUUGGUCACAAAGAACAUCUGCAGGAAGAAAACAGAGUCCAAACGGAGGAGAAACAAUUUAGUUGCUCGGUUUGUGGUAAAGGAUAUGUCAAUAAGAACUCUUUAAGGAGUCAUAUGAGGCUUCAUUCAGAAGGGAAACAUUUCACCUGCUUAGUUUGUAAAAAAACUUUUCUAUGGACAGGAGAUCUCGUGAAGCACAUGAGAACGCACACAGGGGAGAAACCCUUCAGUUGUUCUGUUUGUGGUAAAGGAUACUUCAGUAAGAACUCCUUAUUGAAUCAUAUGAGAAUUCAUUCAGAAAGAAAAUGUUUCAGCUGCUCAGUUUGUAAUAAGUAUUUUCGAUGGACGGGAGAUCUUGUGAAGCACAUGAGAACACACACAGGGGAGAAACCUUUUAGUUGUUCAGAUUGUGGUAAAAGUUACCCCAGUAAGAACUCCUUACUGAAUCAUAUGAGAAUUCAUUCAGAAGGAAAAAGUUUCAGCUGCUCAGUUUGUGAAAAAACCUUUCCAUGGAGAGUAGAGGUUGUAAAGCACAUGAGAGUCCACACAGGGGAGAAACCCUUCAGUUGUUCAGUCUGUGCUAAAAGAUUUGGAGAUAAGGGAAAUCUGAGACGACACUUAGCUGUCCACACAGGGGAGAAACGAUUCAGUUGUUCAGUUUGUGGUAAAGGUUUUAUAGAAAGUUCACACUUGAACUCACAUUUAAGAGUUCAUACAGGAGAAAAACCUUUCACAUGCUCAGUUUGUAAGUCGAGUUUCAGUCAGAAAAGCAAUUUGUCCAAGCACAUGAGAGUCCACACAGGGGAGAAACCCUUCAGGUGUUCUGUCUGUGGUAGAGGAUUCACACAAAAGUCACGUCUGAGACAACACAUGAGAACCCACACAGGGGAGAAAUAAUUCUGUUAAAGAUGCACCGAUUGAUCUGCCAGUUUCAAGCUUGAUCGGCCGCUAUUUUUGACAGUAAGAAACUGGUGUUAGUCACAAAUGGGAAAGUUGUGAAAGUUCUUCACUGUGAUGGAGAGAGACACAACGCCCGCAAUUUAUAAUACCUGUAGUCCAAAAUAAGCCGUGUUACCUACCUACGCAUAGAGUUUACUUGAGCAGACGAAUGGCAGAAUAAAGGGCUGCAUGAGUAUAUUUGACAGAAGUAAAUGAAGCUGCAGAGACGCUCGAUGAGCCGAUUCAUUCACACAGGAUUGAAGUACUGAGGGCAAAACUUGGCUCGACACUGAUCAGUUCAAAACUGUGUGACAGACUCCAAAAUAAGUCGUACUUCAUAUUUUCAGCUAAGAAAUAAGUUUUUAUUUGUGUCACAUAUUUUGGUAUUUUUCUGGGUCCUGUUUCGUAUUAUAUGUAUUAAUAUAUAGAAAGUGGUCUAAAAGUAUUUUAUGUCACCUGUACAGCCCUACGCUCAACGUGUUGUUCUAAAUUGUGAUUUAUAAAUGAAAUGACUUGAACUGAAAUCUAAGGCAGGACAUUCAAAACGGUUACGAUAAAAUCUUUGUCAACAAAUAUGCACGAGUAAAAGUAAGUAAAAGUUUUUUCAGUCCUUUUCCUUCAACAAAAUAAACAU